AUGGAAACAAUAAAUAAUAGAAAUCCACAAGAAAUUAAUACCAAUGAAACUAUGAUCGAAAAUCCAAAAGAUAAAGUUUCAAAUAAUAAUUUUAUUCCUAAAUUAAAUUUAAAUAAUAAUAAUUUAAAUAAAAUUAAUCAACCAGGUGAUUCUGAAACAUUAGAUAAUCGUAGUAAUCCAUCCUCUCCAAUUGAAUCACCACUUUCAACUGCAAGAAUUUCAUCUUCACAUAAUAUUUUGUUUAAAACUAGAGGUUAUUAUUUUAUUAAACCAAUUAGCAAAGGUGGAUAUGGUCAAGUAUUUUUAGCCAUUACCAAAUCAAAUAAAUUCUUUGCCAUCAAAUCAAUUAACAAACGUGAUACAAUUGGAAAACAUAUGGUUAAAGAAUUGAUGGUUGAAAGAAAUAUAUUAGUUCAAUACCAAAACCAGUCAAUUGUAAAAUUAUUUGAAUGUUUUCAAACAAAAAAAAAACUUUAUAUGGUUAUGGAGUUUUUACAUGGUGGUGAUUGUGCUUCAUUAUUGCACUCACUUAAUACUUUAGAAGAACGUGAAGCUAAAAAUAUUAUUGCUCAAAUUGUUAAUGGUUUAGAAUUUAUUCAUAGUUGUGGUAUCAUUCAUAGAGAUUUAAAAGUUGAAAAUUUAAUUUUUGAUAAAAACGGAAUUAUCAAAAUUGUUGAUUUUGGUUUUUCUGAAGUUGGUUUCACCGGUAAUAGUAUUAAAAAUGGAAAUAAAAAAAAUAACAAAUGUUUGGGAACACCUUACUACAUGUCUCCAGAAGUAAUUAAUAAACGUGGAUAUGGUAAAACUAUUGACUGGUGGGCAUUGGGUAUCAUCAUUUUUGAAUUGUUAAGUGGUGAAACCCCAUUCGUUGGUGAUAAUCAAAAUAUGAUUUUUGAAAAAAUCACUAACUAUACAAAUGAAAUAAAUUUUCCAUCUUAUUUUUCUGAAGUUGCAAUUGAUUUAAUUCAAAAAUUAUUACAAGUAGAUCCAUUAAAGAGAUUAGGUGCAAAUGGUGCUGAUGAAGUUAAAAGACAUCCAUUCUUUAAUGGAGUAAAUUGGAGUAAAAUUUAUUCUCCAGAAUCUUUGACAUUCAAGCCAAAAAUAGAAAAUGAAUAUGAUUCCAGUUAUUUUUUUGAAAGAGAAAAUGUUAAAAAAACAGUUUCUGCUAAAAAAACAAACAACAAAAAACCAAUUAAAAGAUACCUUUUCAAAGGUUUCAAUUUUAAAAAAAAUUAA